AUUUUAUUUUAACUUUCUAUUCAUUAAAGAAUCCUAGAAAAAAAAAAAAUGUAGCACGGUUUCCACAAAAAUAUUAAGCAGCACAACCAUUAUGUGAUAAUAAUAAUAAAUGUUACUUGAGAAUCACAGGAAUAAAUUACAUUUAAAAAUAUAUUAAAACAGAAAACAGUUACUUUAAAUUGUAACCGUAUUUUACAAUAUUAGUUUUUACUGUAUUUUCGAUCAAAUUAAAACAGCCUUGGUAAGCAUAAAGAAUUCUUUCAAAACCGUUUAAAAAAAUCUUAGCGCCCCCCAAACAUUUAAACAGUAGUGUAUGCAUAUAUGAUUUUAUGUUUUACAAAAUCACAGUGAUAUUGUGUUUUAUCAGAUAUUUCUUUUAGACCACACUGGUGCAUAGAACUUUUGUCCCAUGCAGCAGUCGUAUUGUUAUGUAUUGUCCACCACAUGUCUAGGCUGGAGUUACACGUGGGUCAUUCUGCUGAGUCUUUAUGCACUGGAUUAGCAAGAGUAAGUUUUAGCUCAUCUCUCAAGCUCCCACUCAUUCUGUCUCUUUAUCUCGUUUCCAGUUCUUCUUAGCCGUCUUUUACUUUCUAGUCUCUGUCUCACUGUAUAGUCAGAGAAAGCAAGAUUUUUGUUGCAGCCAUGAAUCAAAAGGUUGUACUGAUCACUGGUUGUUCUUCUGGCAUUGGAUUGGCACUUGCUGUUCGUAUUGCCAGAGAUGAGAAGAAGAGGUUUAUGGUGUAUGCCACCAUGAGGAACCUGGCUAAAAAAGAUGCUUUGGUGGAGGCAGCAGGUUGUGCUUUGGGACACACACUGGAGAUCAAGCAGCUCGACGUGUGUGAUGAGAACUCUAUCAAAGCCUGUGUGAAGAGCCUGCCCAGAGUCGACAUUCUCAUUAGUAAUGCUGGAAUGGGAAUGGUUGGCCCCAUUGAGUGUCGGACCAUUGAUGAGAUGAAAACUGUCAUGGACACCAACUUCUUUGGGCUUGUGCGACUCAUAAAGGAGGUUUUGCCUGAUAUGAAGAAAAGAAAAAGUGGCCACAUAGUGGUCAUUAGCAGUGUCAUGGGGAUUCAGGGUAUUUUGUUUAAUGAUAUUUACGCUGCUUCCAAGUUUGCUGUUGAAGGGUUCUGUGAGAGUCUGGCAGUUCAAGCCCUGAGAUUCAAUCUAAAUAUCAGCCUCAUUGAACCAGGACCUGUCAUCACAGAGUUUGAGCGUAAGUCGUAUGAAGAAAGCUUGAAGAUAGACCUCUCCAAAGCUGAUAAAGUGACUGCAGAUAUGUUCCACAACAUCUACUUGAAGAAUUACAAGCAGAUAUUUGAGAGUCUUGGACAAACACCAGAAGAAGUUGCAGAGCACACAUUCGAAAUGAUUACCAUGAAGAACCCACCAUUUCGCCAUCAGACUAACACUCUGUACACACCCAUGACCACCCUGAAAUAUGCAGAUCCAAAUGGUGACCUUCCCAUUGGAACCUUCUACAAGAUGGUGUUUGAACAUGACAAGGUGUUCACUGCAAGUCUCAAUUUCCUCAAGCUCUUGCGCUGGAGAAGCCGUAAGAGUGUCACUUUGGGAAAGUAA